UCUGUUGUGUUGGUGUGUCUAUAUUUUUGUGAAUUUUGCAAAUAUUUUUGAUUCAAAUAACAAAACGUUUUGCUAAAUUCAGUGAAUCAUAGUGCUACUUUCUUAUUGAAUUCAUAAGAACUGAAGUGUCAUUCAACAUGUUUUCAUUUCAUCGACCAAAAGUAUAUAGAUCUUCUACAGGGUGUUGCAUUUGCAAAGCCAAAUCAAGCAGCUCUCGUUUCACUGAUAGCAAAAAGUACGAAGAAGACUUUCUAGAAUGUUUCAAGUUAUCGACACCCAGACAAGGGGAAAUAUGCAACGCUUGCGUAUUGCUUGUCAAAAGAUGGAAGAAACUGCCUGCUGGUUCAGAUAGAAACUGGCAACACGUAGUGGAUGCUAGAGCAGGUCCAGGCAUCAAAUCUAUGACCAAAUUCAAAGUCAAAAAUCGCAAAUUGUUGGAGGAGAAGUCCGAAAAGCUCAAAUUGAAAAUGCAGUAUGAACGUGAACAUAGUCCGGUCCUGUCUGAUAAGAGUGAAAGUAUUGAAGAGCAAGACCUUCAGGAAGUCGAUUUUAUGUGUGAAGACCACCCCAGCACUGAGUCUAGCAGAAUUGGUAGUCCAGGAAUCAGUGAUACAGAAGAAGUGGUUGAGAAGAGCAGGAGGUAUAAGGGAUUAGCUAAGCGCAGAAACCAUGUGUUGAGGGUUAGCGAUUUCGUCGACAUGGACUAUUGGAAAAGGGAAACGGUGUGUUGCGGAACGGUCUUUAGAGGCCUCUACAACGAAAUCAUGAUCGAUCCUCGUUUCAUGAGGCCUUGCCGUAAUCGUUUAGCCGGUUGCAAAAUCCGCCCUACCGUCAUCGGCAAAUCGGAAGCUGAGCCAUGCGACACCACCUCGUCGAAGCUUUACAGCGACAGCAGCUCGGAUUCUGGUUACGAUGAGUCAUCCAAUCCGGGCGCGACGCCGAUCGCGAUCGCUGAUAACGCCACUUACAAGGUGCAGUGCCUUCCAUUGCCCCUUAACCAGGAUCAAGUAGGCUUGGAGGAGAUAAACAGUCGAAUUCCAGAAACUAUGGUCAACUAAUGUAACCUCGCCCGUGUCAUGUCGCUUUUUAGGUUGUUUUUAUAAUUUGUAAUUUAUUGGUAUGUAGAUUUUUCGUUGUUAUAUUUGUAACAAAAUGUACACAGAUUUUUUGUCCAGAGAAAGAUAUUUUUUAUUAGAUUGUAAUUAAGUGGGUUAGGUUAGUUUUUGAAUCGUUUUAUUUUAUAAGUUGUUUUUAGAUAAAAGAUGAUAUUUGUCGGGAGAAGUAUAUUUUUUCGUCAUUAACAAUAACAAUCCUCGAUUUGAUGAUUUUGAGGUUAGAAAGUUACCCCUGUCAUUCGUCAGUUGUCAUUAAUGUCGGCUGUCAAAGGCGUUUUUAUUCGGCUUUAUUUUAGUGAUAAACCAAAGAAUUUUUAUUGAAUUGGCUAUUAUUAAUUUGUUUAUAUAAUUUAGAAUGACUAAACGAAUAUACCGAUCUCAAAAAUAUCGCUUUUAUUUAAUUGAGCUGAAAAUCGAUUAGGAUUUAAAAAUUAUUCUCCGUCUUUCCCUAAUUAGGUUUAAGUUUUCGAGUCAUUUUUUUAAUACUUUUUUUAUCGAAAAAUGGCUAUUAAUAAGACUCUUUCAAUUUUAUAUAUUAUUAAGUAUCCACAACACAUAUUAUCGACAGUACAAAGAUAAACACAAAUAAGAUGAUUAAUGACAUAGCUUGAAUGAUUUUUUUAAGUGCAAUAAUUACAAAUACGUCUGAUCUCAAUAGAGAAUUUGCACUGAUUUUCACGACAUUUCUGACUCAAAUCAUUUGUUUAUGUAAUUGAUCGCCAUACGUAAUGUAUAGUUACAACCAUCGAAUGUUUAUACUUCUAGAAGCUACUAUUUUUGGAAAUUUUUACAUUUUAAGCUAGUAAAGUUAUGUACAUUCAAAAACAAUUGGCUUUCUCUUAAAAUUGAUAUACAAAAUUUAAUUAAAUGCUUUGGGCAUUAAAUGAAAAAAGAUUCGUAUUUUCCAGACGAAUUUAUUGGUUUUUCAAAAUAAAAGUAUCAGGUCCGGUUUCCGAGAUAUCUGGGCAAAACCGAAAUUGUCAAUUUUCGUUUUAUUUAAUUAACGCCGUUUUGAUAAAUGAAUACCACUUAACAUAGUUUAGCCACAUUUUGUAGAAUAAUGUCACCAUCACCUGAACAGGAUACAUUUUCCCGGUUUUUUAGACCCUCCAAAAUACAUUUUUUCGCCCUGGAAACGCUUUACAUAUGGUUUUUAGACAACUUUUUGGCCAUAUUCACUUUACAGCCACUUUAAAGUAUAACUUUAAUUGCCGUUUAUCCUACUUAUCGUUAGCAAUUCUCUACAAGUCUUUGUUACUUAAAAUAAGUAAUAGGGGACCCAAGACCAAACCUUGUAGCACUCAACUUUCUACUGGAUGGUUGUUUGAUAGCUGCCAGUUUAUUUUUACGCAGAACUGCCGAUUGAAUAAGAAAUUCUCAUAAUCAAGAUAUAUCACAUCAAUUGGCGGUUGUUGUCAUGCCAAGCUGCCCAGUGGUUUACUUUACUUAGGAAAUUUGUAAUAACGGAUCUUUUAGGUGUAAAUCCGUGUUGGUUGCUUGGUAAAAUUCUGUGUUCCGUCAUAAACUCUGUUACUUCUUUUGUAAUUUUCUUUUCCAUUGCUUUACCGAUACAGCUUGUAAGACUGACUGCACGGUAGUUGAUGGGAUUAAUUUUUUUGCCUUUUUUAUAUAUAGGAGUGACUAGCCUGUUUCCUGUUUUUGUAUAGAGUCGUUCAUAACUGUUGCGAGGAGAUUAAGAUUCAAUUGCGUUUCCAAUCAUUCAGGUCUAAUAUUAUAUACGUUUAAGAAUUAUCUACCUCAAUUCUGCAAUUUCGGGAGUUUAAUCAUAGUAUACAUCGAUGGCUAAAACGACAAAUAUUGCUUGUCCAUUUUUAACAAAAAUUGGAUAAAAAGGGUGUUCCAACAAGAGUUUCCGGAUGUUGAUAAUAAAUAAAACAAAAGUUUACAACAUAAAUGACAAUUUUUUACUGCAAUAUGAAGUAUAAAUCUUUACAAUUAUACGUGGAAUAAAAUAUCUGGCAAAUGGCCACCAUGACUUCUCUGGCAGGAAACAAUUCUUUUGUUUAAAUUUUUCAUAACAUCUGAGCACAUUUGUGGUGUUAUGUCACGAAUUAUGCGUCGAAUUUCCUCUUUCAACUGUUAAACUGUUUGGGGAUUGUUUUCGUAAGCUUUACUUUUUACAUAACCCCACAAAAAAUAAUCCAGCGGCGUCAAGUCGCAUGAUCUAGGUAGCAAAUUUACGUCCCCAUUUCUUGAGAGAAUCCUCCCAUCGAAUCUUGUACGCAAUAAAUCCAUCGUUUCUCUUGCUGUAUGACAUGUCACACCAUCCUGUUGAAACCACAUAUUGUUAAAGUCCAUGUCCCUUAUCUCAUGCCAUAAAAAGUCGUUAAUCAUCGCUCGAUAUCGCUCCCUAUUUACCGUAACAGCUUGUUCGUUUUCAUUUUCAAAAAAGAAAGGUCCAAUGAUAUAUCCAGCCCAAAAACCACACCAAACCGUGACAUGGAUUUUUCUAGGAUUUCAUUGUCCCAGAUGCGACAGUUUUGCUUCUUUACGUAACCGCUGAAAUGAAAAUGGGUCUCGUCGCUUAAGAUGAUUUUGUUGUAAAAAUAAUCAUCUGCUUCUUCUGUAGGAUCCAGUUAGCAAAAUCACGGCGUUGGCCAUGGUCUGCUGGCUUUUAACUCCUGUGUUAGCUGAAUCUUGUAAGGGUGGAGAGACAAAUCCUUUUUCAAAAUUCGCCAUGUUGAGGUUUUGCUGAUGCCUGCUGCGAACGCCUUGCAGUAGACAUUUGGGGAUUGUCAGCCACACUUUGACGAACAGCUUCCAAUAUUAUCAACCGAGUGAGCUAAUAUCUUGCACAGAACCUGUAGUUUCGAAUUUACGCAUGGUUCUUUCUGAGGGUCGAUUUUGUAUGCCAAAAUAAUCACGAAUUCGGCGAUAUGUAGCUAUCACAGAAGACCGAUUUUCAAAGUACGUCUUAAUAACGUAAACUCUUUGUUCUACUGUGUACCGCUCCAUUGCUAAACUUGUACUGGUUUGCAGAAUGCAACAAAAAAAGAAUACCACAUAAAAGGUUGGUGACAAAAAAAGUAGCAAACAAAAAUAUCCGGAAACUCUUAUUGGAAAACCCUUUAUAUACAAUUCUAUGUCCUUCGAGGUGAAAUAUUUGUUACCUAAAUAUGGCCCGUCUACUUUAAACAGUUUACUAAUGCAAACUGUACAGCUGUCAAUCUCACCUCUAACUUUCAAAUCGAGUUCCAAAAUUACAUUUUUAGACAUGAAUUUUUUCGUCAUUUUAGCCAUAGACAUUCUCUUUGAAAACCCCCCAAAUCUGGAACUCGUCAAGGCCAUUUUCUGCGUCCAUUUGUCCCUAUUCGUCUUGAAAAUUUAAAAAUUCACGAAUUCUUGAGGCAAAUGAGUAGGACCGUGCUUACGAAAAUUCCUAGAGUUGUCAAAUCAUAAAAACAAUAUAGUGUGAUACAAGAUUGAGUAGAGAAAAAUUGUAUUUAUUAGUUAUUACAAAUUAUUUUGUAUUUCUGGUAUAGGAAUAUUUAAUUCAGAUACUACAUUCCAUCUUCUUUUUAAAUAGGUUCUUUUACUAUGAACUAUUGAACCACCCUGUAUAGGCGAUUGCUAUUUUUUUUUUUUGUUGAGGUAAAUGGUGCAUAAGGAGUUAAUGGGAGUGAAUUCUACAUUUUGUCAUUUAAGUUACCCCUUCGUACCCUAGAAACGGUUUUUAAGCAUUUUCUGAUUUCAUUAGUUCAUAAGAUUGUAACUGUGUAAUGGGAAAUCGUAAUAGAAUUUAAUUAAAUUUGCCCCACCGUGUAUAUUUUCCUGAACGGUACAAUAAAAUGAUCAUUGUCAAAGAGAUAUUGUUUCUUCUAAAAGUAUUAUAAUUUGCAUUUACUUCAGAAAAUCCCUGGCUCUCAAAAUCAUUAUUAUCCAAGUAAUAUAUUUAUUGUGAUUCCAACACUCUCACAUAUAGCAAGUUUACCAAUACAGGAAAUUUUUUAGCGAACAUUUUGAUGGUUGUAACUAACAUGCAAUUCAUAGCCACAAUCUUCCAAUAAUCAUUUAUAACAUUUGUUGUUACAAAUGUAAAAUUUAAAAGCGUUCAUAUUGAAUGUUUUUUUUUAUAUAUUCCGACUUAGUUAAAUUUUAAAAUUUGGUUUAAGGGACUUUAACUCCUUUAUUAUUAUAAUAAUAGUCAUUACUUGGAGGUUCUGUUUAUUGUUGACUGAUGUCAAAGCAAUGUUACCAGUUUGGCAAAUAUGACAAUAUUUAUUGACUUUUUUGUUUUCAAAAUCAGACACCAACAUGUUUACGGGUAUUGGAUAUAGGCCAGUUUAUAUAUUAACAAUUAAAUUUGUUUCUUUUUUUCCAUUUUAAGUGAACAUUCCCUAAAAAAAAAUAGGGAUCAACACCGCACAUUAUACGUAUUUAGAUUUUACUAAUACAAUUUUUUAUUAUUCUUUUUUUAGUUAGCAAGAAUUAGACAGAUUUUUAAUAGAAUAAUGAAAUAAUAAGUAUUCACAUUUAUAAUUUAUUUUUUUAAAACUAAGGCAUUAAAGUUCCCUAAAAAAAAAUAUCUCCGCAAAACUACCUCUCCAAAAUAUUGAAGUACAAUUUAUUGACUAUUUUGUAUCUUAUUUAGAUAGGGCUUUUUCUAAUAUUAAACAAAAUGGUGUACUGAUGACCUGACCAACAAAUGGCCGACUGCUACAAUCCUGAUUUUUAUCUGAUGAAAAUUAUUUAAGAACUACUGACAUUUGUGAUUUUCUAAUCUUAACUUUUAAACAUCUUUAUUUUCUUUUGCACCAAAAAGUAAAACUACUAAUUUAUUUACUUUUUCUGUCAAAAAUAUUUCAAUUUAGUCAAUGAGGGGUAAAAUUUCAACACUUACCAGAUGGUGAUACUAGGCGUUUUCUAAUAUUCAUCAAUGCCAUCCAACAUUCAUCAAAACUGUUCUUUUAUCCAUCAACAAUUUUUAGACGAGUUAUACAUCAUAUUCUCAACAUAACAUAACAUCAUAUUCUUAAAUUCAACUUAAUUCUCAGAUGGUCACGUGACAUAACCUUAAAUUAGAUUAAUUAUUAGACAGUUAAUGAAAUAGAAAAAAGCUAUACGUUUAUUAAUUUUUUUAUGUUACUGGAAAUUAUAAUGUUCUCUAGAUAAAUCCCUGUUAAUUCUUUUCAUUAGAUUCAUUAGGCUCACCACAACAGCAAUUAUAUUAUUAUCAUCCAUACCUACUUGUCUUUAGUUUUUAUUUAUUUAUUUAUUUAUAAUACAAUACUCUACAGGUCAUAAAUAAAGACAAUUUGAUAAUUGUUAAUAUUUAAAAAUUCUCAAAUGUCAAUCGUUCUUAAGUAAUUUUCAUCAGAUAAAAAUCAGGAUUGCAGCCGUUAAUUUAUUGGUCACCUGCAUUGGGAUUCUCAUUUCUCAAUUCGGUACGUGUUGAGACGACUAUCUUCGUUCCACAGAAUGCGAUUCGUAUGUAAUGUCUUUCUAUUCAAUUCGUUACGUGUUGAGUAAGCACAUAAAAAUCCCUGUCCAGAUCUAUCAUCAGUACAUUAUUUUGUUGAAUAUUAGAAAACGUCGACUGAGACAUGAGGUCCAUCUGACCAGCUAUCAAAAAGCAUUAUAAUCAUAGACAUAACAAUAUCUAAGAGAGCCCUGUCUUCACAGCAUAAAAAAUGCAUUGUUUUGUCCGCAUCAUAAACCAGACAGAGAAAGGGUACAAUACACAAUGACGUACUGUUUCAGGAGGGUUCAUUUAUAUUUUAUAAAAAAUUAUACAAUAUAACGUUAAAAUCUUGAUAACCAAUAUGCAAAGGCUGUUUGAAAUGCCUUCUGUAUAUUUUUUUAUAGAAUAAAAUAUUUUAAAUUGGAGAAACAAGUUUGAUAGUAUUUUUAAGGUCUCAAUAAUAAAAAAUACAUGAAGAUUAAAUCAAAUUAUAUCCUUAUAAAAACGACAUAUACAUAUUAAUAUAUUUUAUAAUUUUCAUUAAAAAUGUUAAAAUAAUUAUGAAAAUAUUAAAAAGGAUUAAUAUUGUUACGCUAGUUUUUGGUAUCACAAUUUAUUUUAACUCAACUUUUACAAUAACUCAAUUCAACUGAUACAAUAACUCCAACUGAUAACAUUAACAUUUAACGUCUGUCAUAAAACUGAACUGACAUCAGGAUCCCUGCUUAUAUAGCUUGAUUUAAUCUUCUCGAACAUUCUGGAACUGUCUAGACUUUUCCUUGACGUGGAAUGACAUUUCUGGACUAUUCUAUCUUCUUUUACUAGUACUUAUGACGACCGCAGCACACUGUAGGGCGAUGAGUAACAUUGCACUUCUUUUAUGGUAUUCGUACGUUUCCUAUAACAGCUGCAGGGUGCUGCGUAACAAUAUAUUUUACAUAAAACAAGAAUAAAUUGUAUAAUGUACCCUUUUUAUGCAACUAAUUACUUAUAGUUUUUUUUUUUUUUUUUUUUUAAUAGGGAAUAUAAACAAAAUAUAAUACAAUAUUUUCGAAAAAAGAGAUUUGACAACAUGUAAGGUUGCUCUCAUCACGAUUAUGUUGCGAACAAACUUAAUGUAAACAAAGUGUAUGUAUUCAUCCAAUACCUUUGUGGUUAUAAUCAAAUAUUUGGACGUUAUUUUAUAUAAUAAUCAAGUAAAAUAAAGAGCUUAUAAAAAGAGCAUUGAAUCAAUAGUUAAAAAAUAAGACUAUACCGGAUCACAUGCCAUUGAGGCCAAUCUUAUUAGAUACGACAAUGUGGCGUGUGGGUAAAAAUUGUGUACAUUUUAUUUUUUGAUUAUAGUGACAGGCCUUAAAGUUUAAUUAUCAUGCGUACCUCUCGUCUCAGUAGCGCGCUCUAGUGACAAAGCAACUCCCUAUCAGCUCUGCAUGUUUAUGCUAGGUUGCAUAGUUCCAGGAACUAUGUCUUCUCGGAACAAGUUUUUUGAAUGAAAUCUUAAUUUUCAAAGUAGGAGAUAUAUUAAUAUAUUUUUCCGCAAAUCGAUAGGAAAUUUUGACUUUCCAAACAAAAUUUCUUGAAGAAAAAGUCAAGAUUUCCUAACAGGAAAUCUUGACUUUUUCUUUAGUUUGACAAUUAAACAUUAAAACGUUUCCAUAGUAACGCAACCAAUUUUAUUACGAAUUUCAAAGCACCAUUUAUUUGUGAAUAAAAUUAUUCGCAAUUUUUUCAAAAUUAAUUAAUAUCUAUCAAAUUUUAAAUGAUUUGCGGAAAAAUAGUAUGUUUACCUCGUAGGAAAAGCCACAUUCCUGGACUCUGUGUUGCUAAGUCGAGGCGCAAGCCGAGACUUAGCAAUCUUCACAGUCAUCCAGGAAUCUUUUCUUUCCUACUUGGUAAACAAUUACUAUUUUUUUUUAAUAAUCUCCAAUGAUAAUAACAUGUAAUAUUAAACUGUUCAAAUUUUGGAAGAGUAGUUUUCGAAGACUUUCUUAAAAUAUGCAAUAUAGAGCCUAAUUCACAAACGAUCUCUAAAAGUACCUGUAAGUUACAGACCAUAAACAACAAUGAAUGUAUAAUAAAGUUGGGUGAUAUUUCACCAACUGUUAUUUAAUUACUGAUAUUUAAAGAUAUCAGUGUGCUGACCUUCUUGAUAUGUUCUAUUUCAUAAGUGUUUUUAUGAAAAAUAACGAAUAUAAUGGAAAUAUAUCAUCAUUUAUUUGAAUUCUGCUAAUCACAGUAACGAUUCACAGUGUAAUUCAAAAAUCACGAUAUUGUCCAACUCUACUUUUUCUCUUAUUUGAUGUUGUAUUUAGAGGUUCGUGAAUAUUUAAAUAGCUUUGUGAAUUAGGCUAAAGUCUGGGAUCAGAAUCAUAUCAUUGAUCGUGGUGUCUUGAACAUAUAACUGCCAACUAAAACAAAAAAAGCGUUCCUCCUUAUAAAACACAAUCUAGAUGUCUAAGGUACUUUAUCGAGUUUAUUUAGUUUAUUAUCUUUAUUUUUUUUCUAUAUUUUAUAUCCCUUUUCUCUAUUUAUAAUAUUCAUAGCAAUAUUUCUUAAGGUUAAUUUUGUACUUUAUUAUUUAUUUAAUAAUUUAGUGCCAUUUGAAUAGUUGCGUAUGAAUGGAUUGUUUUUGGUUUGCUCUCGGCGAUAUUUUUGUCAGAAUUCUGCAAUAUUUUCCAUGUAUGUGAAUUUUACAAUAAAACACUUAACUGUAUAAUUUUUGAAAAUUAUUUCGUUUAUAAGGGAGAAAUUAAGCAGCAUGACUUUUGAUUCAAUGUUUAUUCCCUUUAGUCAAUUUACACUUAAUUUAUUUCUAUAAAAAUAGAUGUUAAGUCAGGUUACAAUGGGUUCAAUUACCUGCUAGAUCGCCGGAUUUAACAUCUACUGAUUUUUGUGUAGGAAAUUAAACUUAAACGCUAUUUAUCAAAAAUACCGUAUAUAACUUUGAUCGUAUUUUGAUAUGCAGUGUAAUUUUCUCAUUUUUCCAAAUUGUACCACUACAAAUUAAAAUCGUUAAAUUUGAAGUCUAGUCUAGUAUGAUUUUUUGUGAAAAUAUAGUCAUAAAUAUCAUUUAUUUGAAAUCCAAAAGUUUGGAUUAUAUCAUCACUGCUUACUAGUCAGAUAUAUUUAUUUAUUUUUUUUUUAAUUAAUUAAUUUUUAUACGAAAAAGAUUCUGAAAAAAAAAUCCCAAUAUUUCAAAAAUGGUUUCUUGUUUUACACAAUAGUAUGAUACUCAUACGUUAUUGUAAAAAAUAUUGAAUUUUUUUGUAUGGCGAUCUCUAUAAUUGCAUACAGAGUGACCUCACAAAGUUUUAGUUGUACAAGUUUGUUCAAUGAUCUUCAAAUAAAUUUUUACUAUAUCAAAUCGUUUUUAAAUUAACAAAAAUAAAUCGUUUGGACUGUAUGAGGGAUGGUGAAACGGUGAUUUUGGAUAUUUAUCUGGAAUUAAAUUUAUUCUGAGAACCAAUCCGAAUUAUGUGAGGUUAUUCUGAAAUUCUCAUUAUAUUUUAAUGCUAAAAUCUGAUAAAUACAUCAACAUAAUUUCACAAUAUGUAUGAGACUGCAUAAAUUAAAAUUUAAUGUGUAAAGGCUGGUGCAGAAGUAAUUUAAAUAUAGGGUCCGAUUCUGAGAAAUCUAUAUGCUACAGAAUCUGUAAGAUAUUAAUUUUUACAGAUUUUAUAGAUUGUCUCAGUAAUUAUCAGACGGACAGGGUUGUAAUUUUUUUUCUUCAAUAUUUUGAACGAUUUCAACUGAUUUGUUCUUUGUAAACGUUCAAAUUAUUUGAAAUACAUUGCUAUUUUUGUCAUUGGUAGUGAUUGAUUUAUUAUGUUCUGAAAGUUUGUAUUUUCUAUUGCCAUUAUUUGUAUGUUUUUAAGUUUAUCAAGUGAUAUGUCAUGGAUGUCAUAUUGUUAAGAAAUAUACAGGCGGUUAUACCUAACAUUCUGUAUAUUAAAGAAACGGACAAAAAUAAUGUUAUGAAAUUACUCAUGUGCCAAGAUUUUAUAAUCUUUUUCUACAUGAUAUUCCAACUUUUUUACCUGAAUAAAUCUAGAACAGGGUUGGGUGAAAUUGGCGCAACACCGGAUUUCGACUUUAAUGGACAAGUAACAAAAAUUGCUCUGAUCAUUCGAUUUUGUUUUUUAAGUUCUUUUUUUUAUACGAAUGUUAUAUUUUUUUGACGACAUUGCUAUUCGAGAUAUGACGUCAAAUAAAAGUUUUCUUUUAAUUGGUGGUUUUCUCAUUUGAAAAAAAUAAUGACGUUAGAAAAAUAUACCUUUAUCAAAAAAUGCACAUCUAAAAAACAAAAUUGACCUUACUGAGCAUUUCUUUGUUGCUUGUCCAAUAAAGCCAGAAAUCUGGCUUUCCGUAAAUUUGGUCCAAUCCUGUAUACCCGAUUGAUUUCAUUUUAUUAAGAAUCACGAUGACUAGUUGAAAAUGUAAAGAACUAUUCAAAAUAAAGAAGAUAACUGUUUUUCGUGUUACAAUGUUUUCAAAAAUAUCUGCAUUGUUUUCUGGUCUUAUUAAAACGAAGUCAUUUUCAUAUUAUAAACUAUGCCACUCAGUUUUGCUAUGAACUUUUUUUACAAUACCAAAAAAUAUCAAUGCGAGAUUAACUAACUUAAAAUUAAACGGUGGCAAAGCCUUUUUGUAAAAGAAUGUUCCAAGAAUUUUGUAUCCAUUUUUAAAUGUUAGAACAAUUAUUAUGUAAACUAAUUUUUUAAAAUAAUUCUCCUACUUUGAGGAGUAGAGUAUUUUUGAUAAACAAAUCAAAAAUAUAUUAUAUAUAUAAAAAAAAGGCAAGCUGCAUCUGAUAUGUUUGAUUAAUGGUGUAAAAUUGAUGUUUUUUAUAAUUGUUUCUUGAUUUUUUCGUUUUUGUUUAUUGUGUGAAAUAUUGUAUUUGCUGUUAUUUAUAGUACUGACUGUUUUUCUAUUGAUGAUUGGUAAAUAUUGUAGAUAGUACAGAACGAGUUUUUUCGUAGAGUAAUUGCUAUUUGAGAUUGGAUGAAAAGAUUGUGCAUUUCUAAAAUCUUUUUCUAUCUUAAAUAUCGUCGCGAAAUAAUAGUAUAUCUGGACUGAAAUGUACAAUGACAUUCAACAUCUGUACUAGUGCACACGUCGUUCGGUAAUAUCUUGUUUCAGAAACAAAUUAGUUCCAUCCACGAAGAUUUCACCCUUACUAGUCCACACUGGAUGCCAUGAAAUGUCCAAUAAUCGUUAUUGUGUUUAUCUCUAAAACUUGAUUAAUUUUUCUCUACAACCAUGUUAAUUUACAACCCCCAGUAUGUUAUCGGCGCUGUAGUUCAUUUACUGGCUUUUAACGGUAAUGGUGGUUCGAAUCUCACAACACACCAUGUGAAUUUUUCUUUAAUUUCUAUGUUCCAUUGUAGGAUUUGAUGGGUGGCGUAUUAGCAGUAAUUUAAUUUUUAUUAAUACAUCUUGAUUUCACUCCCAGAUGGCUAUCAUGUCAAUGAUGGUCGGUUAAGUUUUUUCGCGUUUUCCUCAUCUGUACGUCAAAUUACAAAAUUUUGUGUUCUGCUAGUUCUUUUUGUGACAAUGCAAUAUCCCUUACAUUUUUUAAGAUUUUGAAUGGGUUUUAUGUAUCCAACUUCCAUUUUAUACUAAAAAAUUGAUCCACGAAAAAUGUUUGACAGUUAUGUCUCUGAUACCAAUGCACGGCUCUGAAUUAAAUCCAAACUUACACUUAAACAGAAGAAAAUUGUACAUUACGACAUAAGUGAGCGUUUUCAAAGCCUACUGUCGAAAUAUUUUUUGUGGAUCACUAGAUACAGUGUAUUUCAUAAAGUUGGUUCCAUAUGGGAUUUUUUUCACCUUUGCUUCUUUAUAUACUUAAUAGAGCCCAUAUCAAAGUUGGCUACUGACAUUAGAUUUCUGUCAAAUUCACAUUUAAAAAAAAAAGAAAUCAUUUUUCAAAAAAGUGUCGAAAUUUGACAGAUAGCCAAGCCAACUUUAAUAUCGACUAUUUUAAAUUUUAAAAAAGUCUAGGUUUUUUUCAGUUAUAAUAUUUAAAAAAAAAUCCAUAUUGAUCCAACUUUAUGGAACACACUAUAUAUAUACAUCAUCUACAUAUGCUGCUAAUUGACCAGUUUUAUUUGUCAAUACAUUUUUAUUUUGACUUCAUAUUAAUUCCGAUUUUGAAAUGCUACACGUUUUUUACAUCAUUGUAUGGACUGGUCGCCCAGCAGCUACAAAGCUCCUUAAAUUGUAUAAACAAAGUAUUCGACGUCCAGUUUUAUUAAAUGCUAUGUAAUGUUAAGGGAGGUGAGAAUCUGUAUUACAAUAUAGUUCAGAAUAUUUUAUUAGUUUAACAGCAAUUUUCUGACAAUCUCACAAUUUCAAAUGCUCUACGAAAAAACGAACCCUUGAUCAUCGUCCAGUUUCAUACAACAAAACUGAGACUUCUUAAUUAUAAAAAGCAAUAAUUCCUGAAAUCUCGCAAUAUAUACCUUUAAUCAAUGUAUGCGGGGUGAAUCAAAGUCAUGAAUUCAUUUUUGACACUGAAAAAAAUUCUGAAUUUCUGAAACUUAACAGAUUAUCACUUGUCUCACGCCGCAUACUUACUAAAUACUCCUACUGAAAAAUCAGUUGUACUGGUGCCUUUAUCUAUCCUAGAAUUGAAGGUAAACUAAGGUCUAAAAUACUCGCAGUAUGUCGAAUCUUAUGAAGAAAAUGUUUUUCUACUACUAGUGUUUAAUAUAAUCCUAUUGGGCAAUCAUUGUUUUAACACCAUUUUUUAAAACAUUUCAGUCGUAUUAAAAAAAUCUUCCACUUAAGAAGUAGGGGGCUUAAUUGGGAUAAGUAAAUUUUUUGUAUAUACUAUUGGACAGCUGAAGUUGUCAGCGACACAAAAAAUUGUAGUGAUUACCGGCCUAUUCUGUUUAUAAAAAAAUAAUUUAAUAAUUUAACAAAGACCUUUUAUCUAGAUAGGAAAUUCAGUUAUCAUUACUGUAGUAAACAUAAAUUUAGUUAGUGCAUUGCUAUUUAUCCAUUUUUAUACAACAUUCUAUUAUUUGCUUAAAUUAUCAUCAAAUGGGUCUUAACAUAAGUAGGUCUCAAUAGAUGACAUUUAGACAGAUCACUGUCAAAGUUUAUCAGACCCAUACAAUUUAAUGAACCUUUUUGCAACUGCCUAUAAAAAAAAAUUGACAAAUAAGUCCAACGCCAAUAAAAGAUCUUUGGUUUUACAAUAUACUUUUUAUAAACAGAAAUUAUUUAUAAAGUUUUGGAUUUUAAAGUAAAAAAAUAGACGAAUGCUCCCUACUAUCUUAAUAACCAAAUGUAUUAUCUUAUAAGAUUUAUACGUCUUGUAGAAUAAUAAAUAAAAUAUUUGCCACUUGGACGAAUUUUUAUAUAUCAAAUAAAAAUGUCCUACAAUUCGGGAACAUGAUGUAUAGUUAGCCAAAUCUUUUAUCAAAAAAAAAAACGAAAAUCAAUAAAAACGUAAAAUUCUUCUAAAGAAAAUUGUUAGUACCUUUUUAAAUAUUGUUACUAAUAAUGCAAUAAAAUUAAAUAUUAACAUUUGUUAUGUUAAUAAUGUUAAGGGUAAAUGAUGUAACUUUUGUCUAAGUGGUCCAUCUGAAAGUUUACUGGUGGAUUAGUUAGUGUAAAGAUACAAAAUACUCUGAAGACUAUUAUGGACAUGGAAAUCGUAAGUUUAUAGUAAGGUGUCGAAAUCAUAAGUAGAUCAAAGAGAUUUUAUUUUGUCAAAAUUGAGUUGGACUAAUUUUACAACAAAACCGAUAAAAAUUUAACAAUUUAAUUUAAUUUUUACAUUUAUAUAUGCCAAAAUGCAAUAAUUAAAAAAAUUGAUGCUGCCAUCUUACCUUAGUGUCGAAUAUUACGUAUAGAUGUAGAAAAUAGAACAAAUUGUUAAACUAUAAAAACUUAUAACAUUUUUUAUUUCAAUUUAAAGUUUUUCACUAAUUUAUGGAAUUAUUUUUGACAUCAACAUUUGACACCUUAUUAUAUGAUUAAGAUUGAGUGGAAACCUAGUUUCAAGACUUAUGAAUUGUAAUAUAUAUUUUAAAUUAUAGUUUAUAAAUAUUUAUUUCAGAUUAUUUAUAUGUAUCUAAUUUUAUUCUUUUAAUUGUGCAUUAUCAUAGG